AUGCGCCAAGUCAAAGUGCAGUGUGGCGAGUGCCCUGCACUCCUCGUACCAUUCAUCUGCAAGACUGGCUCACAUAUUGGACAGUGGGCUAUCCAUUGUUUCGCGCUCAACCAGCAUGCCAAUGGCAAAGCUUGGUGGUACUUCUGGCUGCCUGGUACUGCACCUAUUGGCCUUCCCAUCCCUCCGCCUCAGCCUCCCUCGUUCGUUUCUUCUCCCACUGCCUCUCCGCUGAUUGCCUCCGGUUCGUCACAAAUCCCUGCAGGCCCGCUUCUUGUCCCUGGCUCGGCACAAAUCCCUGCAGGCCCCCUUCCAAGCCAGCCUGAGGAGGGCAUGUGCACUAUUCCUUCGUGCCGCAAAGGAACACCUGCGAGGGGCCCACUCUGUGAGAACUCAAUGUGCAAGUACCACUGCAUCGAAAAUGGUGGCUGCACGACCGCUGUCAAGCACCGGAUAGAGUUCGCGAGCGAGCGCCAGAAGGAAAAGAUGAGGGUGCCUCCAUUAUCCGUACUCACUGCACCGCUCGCACCGCUAACUGCAAAUGAUGUGGAGCGGGAGCCUGAGGUCGAAGAGGUUGAAGACUUCAGCUUCGAUGCUGACCUUGAGCUGGCACGAUCACGCUCUCUUGAGGACCUGAUGCCUGCACCGUCUUUUUCCAAUGCUAUGUCCUCCUCCUCUCCGCUCGUGACAUCAUCCUCUCAGCUGCCUGCCAUGCGGACUAUCUCCAAGGAUCCGAAAUCGGUCACCCAGCCGUCGGGGAAAAGCUCAGCCAAGGCCAAAGCUCAAUCAAGGCCACAGCGGACCACGCAUAUGAACGAGACGUGGUAUGGUACCUACAAGCACAGCGGGCAGCCAACUGAGCGGAUGGAGAAAGACCGCCAACGUGCUGCUGACGAGCUGGCCAUCAAGCGCACUCUGGAUGUGAUGUGGUGGGACAAGGAUCGUCAACCUCCUGUCAUCUUGUCGCUGCAAGGCAGUGAUGGGCCGGAAUCUGACAUUCCAACCUGGCCGCACUUCUCACUAGCCGACAGCCCUGACCUCCGAUCUAUGCUUGGCGAGAACAUCACCACCUUCGAGUAUUUCGAUAUCACCUCUCGUCUAUGGAAGGCAGUGACACGACUGGCCUAUAAGUUCCAUGUAAAAAAUGGUGACCGUCUUUUCCUUCGACGUCACGGUGUCCUUGAAUGUGUGGGCAUCGACGAGAUCAUCAGCCGUCUCGAGGACCCAGCAGCAAAACCCCAUCUUUUCCUGAAGAUGAAGCAAGAACGUAAGGCUGUAAAGUCUUCUCUAGCGCACAUCAAGACCCACUGGCCACCAUUGCGAACUCCCUCUGCCAUUGCGAAGUCUGACACUGACGACGAAGUCACCAUCAUCUCGCCACCUUCGAAACCAUCCCUGAAGCGCCAACGAAGCAUGGCGGAAAGCGAUACCGAAGAGGAGGCCAGGCCUCGCAAGAGGUCAUGGUGCUAUACCGACGAAUAUGGCAUCCGCGACUUCCGUCCUGUAUACGACGACUCGCCUGUCAGGACAGCCAUCGCAGCUGGAUUCCGUCCCAGUUACCCGUACCCUUGGUCGGGUCGUUCGGUAUCUCCACUGCCACCUUCGCAACAACUCAGGACACCUCGCCUCCCGUCACCAGCAUCCUCGAGCUCAUCUCUGCCAGACAUGCUGAGCGAGACUCUUGCUGACGAGGUGCAGCCGUCGCUGACAACAGCAACCUGGCCCAAUGGUCUCUAUGUCAUUGACAUCGCGGCCGGGUUCGAGAGGAUGGACUCCGACGAACUGAAGUCCUUGCCGGUCCGCGACAGGUUCGAGAUGGUCUAUGGAAGAAAAUUCAAGAAAUCUACCUAUAACGAUGCACGUCGGAGAUGGAAGGAGGCCUCAGACACCUUCCGGACUCGACUAUAUAAGGCAGGGCGCACACCUGCAGGCCUUUGGGAUGUGUUGCGCAAGGCCACCCCCCUCAGGAAGAAGACAGCGGGCACUCAGUCACGCGACGACGAAGAAUCUGAUGUCGACAUUGACCUCACGCUGUAAGAUACACACUCGUUCAUUUACUACAUAACUAUUUCUCACCUUUGUAUGUUACCCGUCUCGUGUUUGUAUGUUACCCGUCUCGUGUUUGUAUGUUACCCAUCCAUUUUGUAUUUUUUGAGCAUGUUCACACAUAUUGUACCUGUCCC